AUGGAAAAUUUUAUCAAAAUAAACGACACGUUAUUUGUGGACCUAAAUAACUACCACGAGCAGAUAGACGAAACGGAACACUUAAACAUUUUCGAAGCCAACUAUGUGGAAGGAGGUGCAAAUUACCAACAUGACGUGGAAACCAGCUGCAAGGUUGAAAUAAAACGCUAUGUGGACAUUUUUGUCGAGCUGGUAAAGGAUAAACAUGUCAGUUAUGACAUUUCUAAAAAGUUUAAGGACAGCAACUUAGACAUUGUUAGGAUCAUUCAAGCUAUUAAUAAUUCCCAUGUGAAGGGAGAGGAAUUCCAUUUCACAAGGUUGAUGAUGAUUAUAUGUUUAAAGAAUUACAUUUUUCAUUACGUAAAUAAAUAUCUAAAGAGCAUCAUAAAGGAUUACGAGAGGAGUAAGUACAAAAAAGAAGUAAAAAACUUCAACUGUUUGAUAUAUAGCAAAGGGAGUGGGGAGAUAUUACGCAAGGACACGUGGAGUAGCGGCAACCAGGAAUGGGAAGACAAGACUUAUUCACAUAUUGCAGGUGACAACUUUCUGUUCAUUAAAUUUUUAAGUGAAGAUAUUUCCAAAAAUUUUGAGUUGCUCGAAAAUGGUGAGAAUGCCUCGAAACAUAUCAGCGAAAAGGAAUGGGCAUAUUUGAAAGAAAAAAUUUUGCUCCUGAUUAAAAAUUCGUGUGUAAUUAACUGUGAUGAAAACAAAAAGUUUUCUACCUUGAUGGAGUUCAUUAACAAGAACAUGUAUAGAUCUUUUAAAAGGCACAAAAGCAUAGUAGAAAUGAAGAAGUUUAACAUAUGCUUAUAUUUCAUUGACAUAUUUUUUAACCUAUUUUUGAUAGAUUACCCCUACAAGUGGGGAAAUUUACUAGGCGAUAUUUUCAACACCUUUAAUUUUAUUUCUAUUUAUAAUAGUAACGACUUGGCGAAUGUCAUAAACGGUGACUAUAACUCGACGUUGAGUUGCCUAACCGAUUUGAUGAAGUGCGGUGCUGCAGCUAGCCAAAUGGAGAAUAUGAAAGAAGGGGGGAAUAACGGAGUAAGCAACACCCACCGAGUGGUCAUACACUUUCAAAACUUCUACUCCCUCAUGUUUUUAAUGAACAAAAUGGUGAAGAAGUACAUCCCGAGGACGCAGAACAAUAAUUCAUAUUCUGUGCUAUAUCACAACUACUUCAUCUCACACAUAAAUAGUAGCAAUAAGGACUUGCUAGAAACGGGAGAAUAUAGCGCUUUAAAAAUACCAUGUGAAAAUUUGUUAGCAGGGUUUAAGGACAUAAUAAAGAUAUUCUUCCCGAUUUUUAAUCGACUGUUAUGUACUUUGUUGAAUUACAUGGAGAGUAUAUACGUCGUGUUUAUGGUGAAGAAAAUCGUGAAGUUUUUAUAUAAAACUUUACUGUGUCAUUUUAGCAGCUUGCCAGAAGAGUUAAUCAAGAACGAACUUGAAAUAUUAUUCACAAAUAUAGUGAACAUAUUAGACAUGGAUUUGGAUGCUUACGUACAUAAAUUGUAUUUUACUAACACGAGUGAGUCGUCUGCUAAGGGACCCAUAUCUGUUGCCAAAAUUACGGAAGAAACAUCAUAUGAAAAUUUAAGCGAACUUAUUCAUAACAAAGAUCACAAUGUAGAUAGGCUAUUCUUAAUCAUCCUGCUGAAGUCGAAAAAGUGGUGCCUAAAAAUUUUAAAUAUGUUUUUGUACAGAUCCAUUUACUUCGACGAAAUGAAUGAGACAUGGAAAUUGCUGCUAAAAAAUUUCGAAAAUAAGUACAUAAUAUUCCUCGAAAAAAUUGCCCUUCUCAUUUUGAAAGCUAUUAUCAAUACGAAUUACACAGACGAGGAAAGAAUGCAUUACGACAAAUUGAUCUGCUACAUUAGAUAUGUGGUAGACUUUACUGACUACUUGAAUUUCGCUGAUAAGUGCCUGUCGUUGUCGCUGAACUACCUGUGUAUGAUAGUUUCCUUCGACCAUUUGCAGAUGUUCGUGAAGCAGAACAUUUUGAGCGAGGCGUUUUUAGGCUGCCUCUUUGUCCACAUUGGCAGUAGUUCCCACGUGGAGUGCGUCGACAAUUUCUUCACGAACGAAUCUCCGCAAAAGGAAGAAAGCCUUCUAUUUGAAAAUCUAAAGUUCGAGAGGUACAUCAUUUGCUUCCACAAAAUCCCGCUGUACCGAAAGUACCUGUCUGACUAUUACGAUGACACGAAAUCGAAGAACGUAUUGAAGAAGUAUGUCAAUUACAUCAUUUUUCUAUUUUGCGAGUUGUUGGAUAAGUAUUUUUACGACAUCAUAUUUUACUUAGACGCAAAUGUGAAGGAGCACUUGCGAACCUGUUUAGUUAUCCAGAACGAGUACAUGCAUGUGCUUUACCCCGACAUGUUUGUGAAGAAGGAGAUGGACUUCUCCAAGGACGUCGUGGAGAUUAGCUGUUACAAAAAGAGCAACCUUUUAAUUAACGCUGAGAUGUGCAUGAGAACAAAGAACCACAACAUUUACAUAAACAGUGUGAUGUCCUGCAUUUCUGAGAUUAUAAAGAAGCACAUGAGGGAAAAUGACAUACAACACAAGGUGGACCUUUCGUCGUUUUAUUUAUUAAACAGUGACACAUUUAACAGCUUGAUUUUUAUCAUUAAGAACUUGCCCUUGUAUAAGUAUUCGCAGGAGGAACUCAUUUUCAAAGAUCUGUACAGCAUGCAGAAUAAUCACAACUUAAACUUCAGCUGCCUCAUCAUGAACGACAUAAAUUUGUACAAGUAUUUUUCCCUGUUUAUGUUUUUAGUGUACUACAAAUGGGUGUUUAUCACGAGGGUGCUACGCGGCGCCAUAGACGAGGGGGUGUUACUGGGCGGGGCGGGAGCUCCCACAUCUGGCGCGUUCGCCGCGUCUGGAGUGCCUGCCACGGCUGCCGCAACUGCCGCGACUGCCGCAUUGCCCACGUGUCUCACUUCCCACACGACUUCUAUGUCCCCCAUGGCCCCUACUUUUACGGGCACCCCCGCCGACCAGCAUGAUAACCGAACCAGUCGCGAAAGCGAAGACUUAACGGUCGACGACUACAUCGAGGAGUACUGCAAAAACAAGAAGAAGUACAAACUGCACAUUAGUAAUGACGAUAAGGAAAUCGAAAAGUUUGACCAGAUUGUGACCGACUUUAAGAUCAGAGAUAAAUCCUUUUUUCUUAACUACAUGUUGGUGAAUAUAUUUCACCCCUACUCGAAUAAUCUGAAGAGAGUAAUAAUGUGGAUGUUAAAGGAAUACAUCAGCAUGACCAGGUUCAGCGAAAACGUUUUGCAGUUUUUCUUUUACAUCUGCUUCAUAAAUCUGUUCUAUUUUGAGAAGCACUUAAAAUUUAAGUCAUUCGACACGUUGAUUAAUUUAAUGUACAAGUAUGGGAUUCCCAGGCAAAUUUUCUACAAUGAUUUUAGGGAAGUUUUCACAUUUUUAUUUUUCCAACUAUUAAUUUUAUUCAUAAAGAAUGAAUCCAAUUCUCAUGACAAUGAGUUUUAUGAAGAUAACGCGAGCAUCCUUCUGAGUCAGAAUUACGAGAAGAGAUACUUUUUGAGCUACCUAAGGGGGGAACAGAACCCCCUUUGCGACUACACGUGGGAUAAGACAAAAAUGUGGAGCAGUUAUUUGUACAACCAAGUGAACUGCUUCACAGACUUUUUUAUCAAUGAUGUGUUGUAUCAUAAUUUUCAGUACUAUAUAGAAAAAAUGGAGGUGAGGAAUUUAAACCAGUUUUUGAAUUUUAUAUCGUUAUUUUACCAAAACGAGAUUAACAACAACAUUUUUUUGUUUAUCAAUUUGCUGAACGAAUCCUUGUUGGACACGAGUUCGUCGCAUAUUUCUGGUAGCGACAAAGAGCAUUCUUCCUUUUUGAAAGCAUUGAAAUUCUUUUCCUUUUUUCUGGAAUAUUACAAAAACGCUAGUAGUACACAGGAUGUCCUUAUAAUCAAAAUACUACAGGGAGAAAAAUUUAUCGCCUACUUUAAGAAUAUAGUGAGGACGGUGAAGAAGAAUCAGGUAAUUCUUUAUUCCAUUAUAAAAUAUUUUGGUUUUAUUUUUUAUACUCUGGGGGGGGGAUUUUGUAGGGUAACUAAAUUGGAAAAGGUAGCGAACAUUCCUGUGUACCUAUUUCAAUUUUUCAGCAAUGUGAUAAGGAGGGAUGUUCUUUACUUCUUCUUUUCGUUAGCAGAGGAAAGUCCAUUCACUGCAAAUAGUUUGAAUAUUUCUCUAGUAGAAAUUUUUCGAAAAAUUAGUUUGCUUCUAAUUCUUCUGUCAGAAGAAAAUUUGAAUGAACAACAUUUUUGCAAUAAUUGUACUUUGCACAUAUGUGGAUUGUAUUUGAGGAAGAAGAAGAACAAUAAGGAUAAGGAUAAGGAAACGAAUAUGAAAAGUGAUACAAAUAAGUGGAGCCAUCCCAACGGUGGAGGCACCACCAACAACGUGCAUAGUAGUGGCUCCUCUCAGGGGAACAUCAACGGGGGGGAUGGAGACCAGAAUAGAGAAAAUAAAAUGCUCAAGUUGUUAAACACGGUUUAUUUUAACAUAUUCCUUUUGAAGGACAAAAAGAGGGAACACAUAAAAAUGUUACUAAAAACGUUGAAAUCUAUAAACCAGAAUUUGGUUCUCAACGGUUCCGAAAAUGAAUACCAUAAGUAUGCAACGUUGCUGAUGUUACAGAAGAAGAGAUACAUUUAUCAGUCCCUCUCUCUGUACGUUUUUAUGGACAUACAAGAUUUUUUCUCCAUUUUGGUAAGUGAAAAUAUAUUUGGCUCCAUCAUCGAUGAGUGGUUAAAUGAUAUAUUUUAUAUUUACCAAAAUUCGGACGACUUGAAGUAUUUCAUUUUUGCCUUUUCCAACAUAUUGAUAUAUCUGUGUAUGUAUGAGCAGAAAAAGAGGGAGUCGGGUGGUUGCGGUGCCGGGGGAAAAGAAGAAGGGGAAGGAGAUGAUGAAGAAAAGGGCUUUCCUUUCCUCAAAAGUGUCAGCACGACCAACAGCAGCAUGAACAACUUUGACACGAUUUUGAGAGAAAUAAAAAUGGAAUUUUUCGAUCAAUAUGCCAUAGCACAGCUGAGGGAAAGACUACCUCGAAUUAUCAACGCUGUGGUGAAUGUCUUUUUGAUUCUCCCUAUACCGUACGAGGAAAAUGUGAAAAUGUUUAAGAAAAAUAUACUUCGGAGAUUAGCUCCCAUCUGUGGUGAAGGAGACAAUAUCGAAAACAAUAAUUUGCUAAAAUUUAACAGUGAUAACAGCGCUACGGAUAAUUUGAGCGUAACUUUUAAGGAAAUCCAUUUCAACGAUUUGAUCCAAAAUAUUGAAUUCAUGCAUUUGAAUAAAUACGAACAGAAGUUUUACGAGAGGAAUCAGAAUUCAUUAAAAUUUUCUUACGACAAUGUGGUUCAUAUUAACAAAUCGGAGGACUUAAUCCUUUACGAUAAAAAAAUAUCAAUCAACUAUUAUUUCCAAAGUAGCAUACAUGACGAUUUUGUGAAUAGGCUCGUUUCUGAGUGUAGUGACGAGCAUUUUAAAAUAGCUCUGUAUGCACGGAAAGCCUUUUCCUUACUAAAUCAGGAGUUCUUUUCGAAUGAUGAUUUGAUCGGCAUUCUUGGCUGCUCUGACAAGUAUUACAACUUUGUGAAUGUCAUUCGGCUGGAUAUAUGA